UGCAGGGAUGGAACGUAAGUCUAAGAAAAUUGAGGUUGUGGUGGCAGCUGCAGAGAGGUAUUUGGGUGUGCGAAACCUGACAUCAGAAGAGUUGCUGCUGCUCAGCAAAACAAUAACGAGGAGCCUGGCCUCAACGGGUCAUGGGUGGAGCUGGAGAUGAAUGGAAACAACGGCAACCAGGCCCUGCUGCCAAACUCCACCACACCGUCUCCUGCCCCUGGGAACGGGAAUGAGGGGCAGAGUCAGGCCCCUCAGGCCCUGGAGGUGGUGCCAGAGGAGGUGGAGGAGAGUCUGACAGGGGUGCUGGAGCGUGUGCCCUCAUCCUCCUCUAUCCACAAUGGAGACAUGGAGAAGAUCCUGCUGGACGCCCAGCACGAGCCCAGCCAGAGCAGCUCCUCCUGCGACAGUCCUCACCGACCUCCCAGUCCGGAUCAGGAUGACGGCCAAAUCACCUUUGAUGUGGAGAUGUCCAGUCGGAGAGGGAGUCAGUCGGAGGAGGAAGGCCCAGAGAAAGACCGAGAAGAUGAUAUCCUGAUGAACAAGGGUGCAGACUGGGUUGCAGAUUGGUCCAGUCGGCCCGAAAAUGUUCCACCCAAGGUGUUCCACUUCCGGCACCCCAGACGCUCAGUAUCCCUCAGCAUGAGAAAUAGUGGAGCCAUGAAGAAAGGGGGUGUCUUCUCUGCUGACUUCCUCAAAGUCUUCAUCCCUUCCUUACUCCUAUCUCACAUCCUUGCCCUCGGCAUCGGGGUCUGCAUUGGGAAGAGACUCACCACGUCUUCCACCAGCUCUUUCUAAACCCAGUGCCUGGAAGUUGCAUCAAAAUGAUCCUAUUGACUACUUGUUACAAUGUCUUCAUGUGCUAUAAUGCCCUCUUUUCCUCUGCAUCCAUUGUAUGCCUCGCUAUCUCCUUUCAACUGUUUUUUUCCCCUUUAGUUAUUUGUACCACUUUAUCUUGACACUGACUCACCCCAGUAGCGUGCUUUUGGAGGGUUCAUAAUUCAUAAAUGAUUGGGAACC